AUGAAUGAUCAAUUUGGAAUAAAAAAUGUGGAACUGGAUUGGUUUAAGUCCUAUCUAACUAAUAGAGAGCAAGCAUGCAUUGUCAACGGUGCAAUGUCAUCACCUAAAACGAUUGUGUGCGGAGUUCCGCAGGGAUCAAUUCUUGGUCCCUUGCUGUUUUUAUUAUAUAUUAAUGAUUUACCCGAAUGCCUCGAAAAAACUUCGCCACACCUAUACGCUGAUGAUACUCAAAUUUCUACUUCUGCCAAAACUAUUGAGGAACUUACUGAAAAUCUAAAUAACGACCUGAAAAAAGUCG